UAAAACAUCUGUGUCGGAUAGGAUAUAUAUAAGAAUUGUUUUGAUUAAUUAGAUUGCUGAUCAAAUUCAGUCUUAUUUUAGCCAUUACAUAUACCUUCUCAAAAUAAAUUUGGUAAAUAAGGAAUAAAUAAUUUAUAAAAAAUGAGUCUUUCUUAUAAAGCGAUUUCAUAUGAUUGUAUAACAUAUAAAUUUGUGAAAAAUUGCAAUCGGAAAUUAUUAUCAGACAGUCAUAUGUAAUAAGAAAAUUGGAUGGAUGAGAUUAAUCCCUAUUAAUAAAGUAUAAAAUAAUUUCAACCCCUUGUAAUACUAAGUCUACUUUUUAAAUUAUUGAACUUCGGUUUUAUGAAUAAUUAUCAAAAUUUCCCCCAGAAUGGAAUUUUGAAAGAGCAAAUUGGCUUGUAAAGGGUUAUAGAACUUAAAUAAAUAUUCUUAUCCUUUUUGACAUAAAUAAAAAAUACAAAGACUUAAGAGGGACAAGCAGCAAACUUAUUUAUUUUUCUAUUGCUUAUAAUAAAAUUGAUAGAGAUUGGUUGUAUAGAAUAUUAAAGAAAAUAAAAUCUUAAAGGAUGAAGAAUUAUGUUUUCUAAGCUCUCCAAAGAAGAAUUCUUGAUAUAAAUCCUUAUAACCCCAAAGGAAGAAUUUAUUAUCAAAAUUGACUCACCUUAGAAUAGCC